UUCAUGAGGUUUUCCAUCGAGGUCAAUGAAAAGUGGUUCGGAAUGGACUUUUCGACCGCAGUCCAUGUUUCUUCCGCUUUAAAUGUGCGUGUGCGCUCGCGGCGUAAGUGGACGAAGCUCCUGCGCAUUCUACGUAGGGUCUCUUCCGCAGCAGCGGAGCAGCGCGGAACGCUCGCGGAUACUGUGAGAAGAAACACCAAGGGAAAAAACCCCACAACGUUUUCUUUCUGCUAGUCUGCUAACAACAAACCACCCGCGCGUGUAGCCUGUCGGGGAGGACAUUCACUGACCGUCUCGACUCACUAUAUUAAUCUCGUGCAGCUGCUCGGUGCCCAGCCAUAUUCCGCGCUCCGUGACAGAUUGAUGACAAUAGCAAUGCCUGAAAAACAUGGCCCACAAAGAAGAUAAUGACGUGAAAUGCAGCUCCCACCGCACUGAACUGCACGCCAGCAUCCCUCGAACACGCCUGCCCAUUGUGUACCACCCAGACUACAACAUUACCUUCAUGGGCCUUGAAAAGCUCCAUCCGUUUGAUGCGGGGAAGUGGGGGAAAGUCAUUCACUUCUUGAAAGAGGAGCAGUUCGUCACCGACGGGAACAUCGUGGAAGCCCGUGAGGCGACUGAAGAGGAUCUGCUGGUGGUUCAUACCAAACGAUACCUCAACAGAUUAAAGUGGUCUUUGGCGGUUGCAACGAUCACGGAAAUCCCAGCUCUGAUGUGUCUACCUAAUUUUCUGGUGCAGCGGAAAGUGUUGAGGCCUUUGCGGACACAGACUGGAGGAACAAUAAUGGCCGCUAAACUGGCUGUCGACCGAGGAUGGGCUGUAAAUGUAGGAGGAGGUUUCCAUCACUGCUCCAGCGACAAAGGAGGGGGCUUUUGCGCCUACGCCGACAUCACUCUGGCCAUCAAGUUUCUGUUCGAGAGAGUGGAAGGCAUCUCAAGGGCUACCAUCAUCGAUCUGGAUGCUCAUCAGGAUUGUUGUGUUUUCACUCUGUCGCAGGGAAAUGGACACGAGCGCGAUUUCUUGGACGACGGGCGAGUGUACAUCAUGGAUGUGUACAAUCACAACAUAUAUCCUCGGGACGGGUAUGCCAAAAGAGCCAUUAACAGGAAGGUGGAGCUGGACUGGGGCACCGAGGACUCCGAGUACCUCCAGAAAGUCGAGCUCCACACAGAAGCGGCGCUGAACGAGGUCCGCCCCGACAUCCUCGUCUACAACGCCGGGACGGACAUCUUGGAUGGGGACCCCCUCGGAGGACUCUCCAUAUCACCACAGGGCAUCGUGAAGAGAGACGAGAUCUUGUUCAGGGCGGCGCGGCGACACGGCGUCCCCAUCCUCAUGGUGACGUCCGGGGGGUACCAGAAGAGAACCGCCCGCAUCAUCGCCGACUCCAUCCUCAACUUGCACCGGCAGGGCCUGAUUGGAGCAGAGGCCCUGGAGGGGGAGGGGUCAUCAUCAUCGCUGGUGACCAGCUUGAUGCGCAGCUCUGGAGCCGGUGGCUCGGCGGCCGCUGCUGCGCGGUGACAUUUAAAGGCACUCGAGUAACUUUAGUUUUGUGUGGGCGGGGGGGUGAUUACCCAGCAUUUGACUGCACAUUUAAACUAACAAAAGCCUUGGUAACUGUCUCCAUGUUAUAUGUAUAUCUUUGGAAUCACUCAAAGGGAAUAACACUUCUAAAGACAAGACUAAAGAGCCUACUGACGCUCAAGUUCACGCGUUCCCGUACAGAACAAAAAGAUGUUCAUCAGUUGGAGAAGAAUGGUCUUUAUGUUUAAUGGGUGUUUGGGCAGAAAGUAUUCUGUCAUCUCAGGAAAUGUCAUAAUGUAAUUUGUGAAGGAUGUUCUUACAGAUACAUGUUAAUUAUCCUCAUAUUCUCAGUUCAUGAAUCUAAGUGGUGAAACGCAAGAUGAUUGCACAUGAAAACUAAUCUGAUGGUGAUAUUUAACAUGCUUCCAGAAGAUGUCUUCCUCAUUCCUCCCGCUUUCAUAACUUCAAGUGUAAAUUGGUGUUUUUCCUCUCGAUGAUAUUAUAAUCAUAAUGGAGUUAACAGCGUGUCGUAAAUCGAUUCCGCUAAUGAGUUGUUGUGCUUGACUCCACUCAAUGUCUGCAGCUCGUGGUUAAAGGGAGGCCGAUGAGAUUUUUUUCCGAAAUGUGCUCAAGUUUUCUUUGUCUCAAGGGUGAACAAAUGUGAAACCAUGACUUAAAACCCUCCGGUGUGCAGAGCAAAGUCUGAACAUGUGAACGUGUUCAGUGAAUAAUGAGCCGGCCUGGACACUGGAGUUUUCAGUCUCAUUUGCCAAAGUCGGACGAAUGUUUACACACAGCAAAUCGUGUUGAAGAAGACUAAGUAGAGCUUUAAAAAACUGUUGGAGCAAUAGGAUUAUUGCAACACUACAUUUUAGUUUACAAUCCUACCGAAAAGUUUUUACCCAUUUUUAAUUGAAUUAAGAUAUUAGCGCAAUUCAUGUUACCUUUGUUUCAGAACUGAAACAAAGUUAAUGUAAUGCGUAUUCUGGUCCUUGUUUUGCUCAUAAAGAUAGGAGGCAAGAUUUAGAAUGGAGCACAGAUUAUUUCCUACAUAGCUACCGAUGGGUGCAUCCAUGAAACAGGAGAUAUAUAUAUCGCUGCAGAUUGCAACAAACUGAAACAAGAAUAAAAAUGUAAAACAUGAAAAGCCCGACGUAGGGCCAGUUCCAUGGCGGCCAGGCCCCAGGAAGAGGACCCGGUCCGUAUGUUGCUUUAAAACGGCUCAUUCGAAGCUUACAAAUACAAUACAACAAUACGAAUACAACUAUUUUGUUUGUUUCAAGUUUAAGAAAACAUACUUGCACACAUGAUAUUCCAUUUCUGCCAAUAGAUGCCCCUAGAUGACACACACACACACCUUGUUUCUACAUCCCUCUUUCAUCUUUGUUGAAAACGUGAAAUGCCCCUGCGCCGUCUGUGUUGACUGAAAAUGAGACGAUGCAGAACGUCACUCUCGAGUGAAUGAAGUGACAACAUGUUUAGAGUGAUUGUCAGGCUAAAAUAACUCUUUCAACGAAGUGAAUUUAUGUAAGUUUUUGACAACUUGAAGAAAACUUCUCAUAAAGGCACACACUCCGUCUGUGCCAUUCUGUGGGAUGUCCCGUCAAAGACACUACAUCAUAAUCGUAUCCAACAUAGCCGAGACACUACAUCAUAAUCGUAUCUAACAUAGCCGAGUCAUCCAUAAAUCAAUGCUAGUGAGUAAAUUAGUAGUUGAGGGACGGAACGCAAACAAAUUCUCACCAGCAAUUCGACAAACGCCGAUUCUUUUGAGUUGAUAUGCACACCAUCUAACCUAAAUAAAUCUAAUAAAUGAAAGUAUUCAUACAUUUUGUGUUUCACCCAUUCAAUAUAAAUAUCUUCGUUUUGUAAUUGAUUUAUUUAAAUGUAUCAAACAAUAUUUAAAUGUGUCACCUCUAAGAAGGGCUUGAAUCGUUUUUUUGAGUGGUAGAGGCAGUGACCUGUCAAUCACAGUGAGCCCGCCCUUAAGCAUACUCUGCUUUAUGGUCUAUUUGACUCUUAAUGGACCCUCAUUUACUAAAUAUACAUCAUACUGUAUUGAAGAAGACUUAAAACUAUAGAUUGAGACCAUAAACUCAUGUUUACAAUUUUAAUCAAGGUAAAAAAAUCGACAGAAGAUUCAUUUACUUCUAUACAAUCAGACUUAUUUUUGUAACCAGAGACGUCGCCCCCUGCUGGUCAGUAGAGAGAAUGCAAGUUGUAAGACACUUCCGCAUUGGCUUCACCAGAGAUUGCUGUUUGCUCAAAGGUCUUUUGAAAAUAAACUUAAAUCUUCACAGGAAACUCAGCUAAGUGUAAGCAACAAAACCACUUUGUUAGAUUUAGGAAAAGAUCGUAAGAAGUUCCGUACUGAGGUUAGGUGACAAAAACGUUCUGGUUCCAAACGGGGAACGAACAGCAGUCUCAUGGCUGAACGUUUGCUAUAUGUUGGACGCAUCCACAUCAUCUUCUGCAGUCUUUAAAUGUCUUCAUUCAUAAUGUUAUGAUAACACACCAAAUUAUUUCAUGGGAUAUCUACAAAUCAUGACACAUCAUUUUUGGUAGCUUGUGCUACAAAUGCUGGCUGUGACCAGCCUGGAUAAAUACAGUGCUAUAAAGCAACUAUGCACAUUUUUACUCGCGUAGUUUCUGACAAUUAUAUUCAUCUUAUCUCUCUGCAUGUGAACAACACUGUGUUAUAACCCGAGUGACUUCUCCUGAGUUAAAGAUGCUAUUGAUGACAGUCAACCACUAGGUGUCACACUCCUCAGGCCCCGGUCCAUUGCAUUCACUUCAUGUGGAUAUCAGUUCUUUGCACAAGCUGCACAUUUCAUAGUCGAGUGGAGUGAGACUCAGGAACAAGGGCGGGUUCAGGUUUAGUUUACACUACUGAACACAACACCGGUUGUAGUUAUAUAGUCCUGUGGGAUUUGAUGUCCUUUUCUCUCUCUCAAAUGACAGUUAAAGUUAAACUUUUACAUGUUGAACUUCACAAUAAGACAGUUAUUCUGUUGAACAGACAAAAGAGCAAUGACAACGUUGACAUUUAAAGUGUGACGCAUUUGGUUUUCUUACAUUUUCAACCAGGUAAAUUGCAAACUAAGAACAUAAUCACAUUAUUGGUAGUUAAUUAUCACGUUAUACAUUUGUGUUUGCAUUUGACCUGGCUCCUCUCAUUAUAUUGUUAUUUCCGGUUUCUGUCCCAUGCAAUAACAUCAAACGUUAAAAUACACCAAAAAAUAAAUAAAUGUUAUUCUUUUUAGGCAAUACAAAAAAAGAAACUCAGUUACACAUUCCAGGCUGUUCUCUUUCUGCAUUCUACGGAACAUAAUACACUAAUUCGUAGGUAAUCAAUGCAAUCUGGAAAAUGCUUGAAAAAGGAGUGGUAACUUUUGUACGCUAUCAUACAAACCGUUAUAUUAUUAUACGUUGUACAGCCUCAUAUAUACAUUCCCCAGUUAGUUUAGUUUUAGUUUAUUUUAACAGGACGUUAUAUUGAAACUUAGUGUUUAUUGAAAAAAAAAAAAUUAUAUCCUUCAAUCUCUGUGAUUACGGAAAGAUGUGCCAAUGAAAGCACAUGUCUGAAGACAAUAACAUCACAGCAAUAAACUAUAUGAGGUAUUCUACAGACACAUUAUGGGGAAUAAAGAUAAGCUCAACAUAUACCACAUGCCAACAUCAGGUCAUUUCAAUGAGAGGUGCUACAGAGAGAAUUAUAUUAUGUUUUUUCUGAGGUUCUCUCCAGAUUUCCAGGCCAUGCAGCGGAGAACUCAUGCCUCUCCUCACUUCAGAGGUGUACCCUCUUUACACACGCAUUAUCAUAACACGCUAUUUAUAGAUGACUCCCUCUUCAACCGCCAAUAUAGGGAGGAUUACAGAGCAACCCAAUCCACAGGAUCUACAGGCAACACUUUGCCCAUCAGUGGGAAUUCAGAUUGCUCCAUCACAAAAGAAACAGCAUUCAGGGGGAGUGUUACGACCACAUUAUUACACAUGCUGAGAUCAGACAAGAUCAAACUGUAUUGCGCCCUCUGUAAAUUGGUGUGUUUCUGAAAUAAAAGGAAAAAGGCU